GAAGGUCAGAAUGCCCUAAACAGAGAGAAAGAAGGGAUCACACUGGGGUACAUUAAUGUCCUGUGACGUCCCCAGCUCCAGUGGCAACGGGUGAUUUACGUCAGGGGGUCGACCCCUCAGCGGACAGCGGCAGCUUAUCAGAGAGUGUGGCGGACACUGACAAAAUAGGAGCGAAGUCCUCUAAUUAAAUUAGCCUGUUCCCGCUCUAAGCUGAGGCCCCUGGAACCAGGCCCGAGUCAACCCGGUGGCUAAUUGAGAAAACUGCCCCUCUGGUUCACAACCCUUGAGUCAUAAGUGCCAAUAAAACAAUGUGGAAGAGCUAAGUCGUCUGGGGGAAAAAACAUGAGGGAAGCUGAAUUGCAUGGAGAUGAUGUAGGUUCAGUGCCAAUGUGACAUAGAGGGUGUGGACUUUGUCAGGGUCCCUGACCGCAUCAGGAGUCUCCUCGGGUGGAUCCUCUUUUAUCUGCUUCCCAGCACUGCAAAGCAGCCUGGGAAAGUGCCUCUGCGGCUGGCCGCUGCUCAAUGAUCGGAAUUAUUAGAUCACUGUCUCAUUCCUCUUUUGUUCAAUUCUCCUGUUAGCCCCUCUGCUAGUUAAUGCGCUUGGACACUUUCUACCCUAACCAGGUCAGGUGGGGGUCAAGGAAUGCUUUUUUCUAGCUCCAGUCCUGGACACGCAAAGGCUUGAGAUGGGAGAGGUCACGGUUCCUCAUUCCCAUGCCAGGUUUAUGCCAGCACUACGCCCACCACCAAGCUCCUCUCCUUCAAGAGUGCCAGCCUUGCCCGGGCCAAGUCCCACUCCAGGACUUCCCAGACAACCACACACGCGCAACUGGAGUCGGGCACAUUGUGAAGCCUCUAAGGCGGACGAACGGUUCCAGUAGACAUAGCCCAAAGGUCUGACAAGGUACAGCGACACCUUACAGUGAAACCCAGACAAUGAACAAGAGGCUCAAAUGACAGAAGAUGAUACUUCGUUCCUCUCCAGUUUCACUCGCAGAGUUUUCCAAGGACGUACAGGACAACUUGUUCUUCAGGGAAAAUGCUGUCAUCUUUAUACACCCUCAGUUUUAGGUGAUGAAUUGAUGAAGGUGCUCAACGACCAGGGUGUUUCUCAAACAGGCAAGGUGCCCACUGACAAAGGCCAUCGUUUUGAGGAUGUCCCUGGGGUACGCAGACACCUGGUCAGAAAGAGCACCAAAGGCCAAGUGGUGCAUGUCGGCAAGGACCACAAGGAGCCCAGCACACGCAGCCAAAAAAAGGACCGGACCCCACAUGAGGUGUUUGUGGAGCUGAACGAGCUUUUCAUGGAUAAGAACCAGGAGAUGCAGUGGCGGGAGACGGCCCGUUGGAUCAAGUUUGAGGAGGAUGUGGAGGAGGAGACGGACCGCUGGGGCAAACCCCACGUGGCUUCGCUCUCCUUCCGCAGCCUGCUGGAGCUCCGCAAGACCAUCUCCCAUGGGGCGGUGUUGUUGGACCUGGACCAGAAGACCUUGCCUGGCAUCGCCCACCAGGUUGUAGAGCAGAUGAUCAUCUCAGACCAGAUCAAGGCUGAGGACCGCGCAAAUGUGCUCCGAGCCCUGCUGCUCAAACACAGUCACCCAAGCGAUGAGAAGGAGCACAGCCACAACCCCUUCCCCAGGAACAUCUCGGCAGCCAGCCUGGGCAAUCUGCUGCCCCAGCAACACAGCUCCAACCACAUCCACCAUCCAGAGCCCUCCGUCACAGACCCCCUCAUGGGCUCGGCCAGCACAGGGGAGCAGGAGACACGCAUCGACAUGGAGAAGAACGACCUGCAGCAGAAGGAGUCUACUCCAAAUAUCGGCAUACACAGGUCGAAGUCCAAGCAUGAGCUCAAGCUGCUGGAGAAGAUUCCAGAGAAUGCUGAGGCCACUGUUGUCCUUGUGGGCAGUGUGGACUUCCUGGAGCAGCCCACCAUGGCCUUUGUGCGGCUGCAGGAGGCGGAGGAGCUAGACUCUGUCCUGGAGGUCCCAGUGCCAGUCAGGUUCAUCUUCGUCCUGCUGGGACCCCCCAGCACCAACAUGGACUAUCACCAAAUCGGACGCUCCAUCUCCACACUCAUGUCUGACAAGCACUUCCAUGAGUUGGCCUAUCUGGCGGACAACCGCCAGGACCUGCUCAACGCCAUCAACGGCUUCCUGGACUGCAGCAUCGUGCUGCCCCCCUCCGAGAUGGGCGGCGAGGAGCUGCUACGCUCCGUGGCACGCUUCCAGAAGGAGAUACUUCGCAAGCGGGAGGAGCAAGGAGCCCUGCUGGCCAAGGAGCCCAAGAGCCAGAAAGAAAAAGAGGCCCUCCUCUCGCCCGGGAAGCUGGAAGACGACCCCCUGCAGCGUACUGGACGCCCCUUCGGAGGCUUAAUCCGAGACGUGAAGCGCCGCUACCCGAAGUACGUGAGUGACUUCAAGGACGCGCUGAACGCCCAGUGCGCUGCGGCCGUCAUCUUCAUCUACUUCGCUGCCCUCUCCCCCGCCAUAACCUUCGGAGGCCUCCUGGGUGAGAAGACUGAGGGUCUGAUCGGUGUGUCUGAGCUGAUCGUGGCCACAGCGGUGCAGGGUGUUCUCUUCUGCCUCCUGGGGGCCCAGCCGCUCCUGGUGGUGGGCUUCUCCGGACCACUGCUCGUCUUUGAAGAGGCCUUCUACUCGUUCUGUAAGGGGAACGGGAUAGAGUACCUGACGGGCCGGGUGUGGAUCGGCUUCUGGCUCAUUGUCAUCGUGGUGACGACAGUGGCCUUGGAAGGUAGCUUCCUGGUCCGCUUUGUCUCACGCUUCACCCAGGAGAUCUUCUCCUUCCUCAUCUCGCUCAUCUUCAUCUUUGAGACCUUCUCCAAGAUAGGCAAGAUUUUCAUGGAGCACCCACUGCAACGCUGUUACCUUGACAACAGCUCGGCGGAGAACGCCACGAUGGAGAAUAGCACCCUGGAGCUAUUGCUUGGCAACGGCACUAUUUCGGUGGUGUCGGUGAAGGUCCUCGGGGAACCCAACACGGCACUGCUCUCCCUGGUACUCAUGUCUGGAACCUUCUUCAUUGCAUUCUAUCUGCGCAAGUUCAAAAACAGUGCCUUCUUCCCUGGCAAGCUCCGUAGGAUUAUUGGAGAUUUCGGGGUCCCCAUAGCCAUCCUCAUUAUGGUCCUAGUGGACUACAGUAUACGUGACACUUACACACAGAAACUGAGCGUACCCAGUGGGUUCUCUGUGACCAGUCCUGAGAAGCGUGGCUGGGUGAUCAACCCCCUAGGCAUGUACACCCCGUUCCCCAUCUGGAUGAUGUUUGGCAGUGUGCUGCCCGCCCUGCUGGUCUUCAUCCUCAUCUUCAUGGAGACACAGAUCACCACUCUGAUAGUGAGUAAAAAGGAGCGGAUGCUGGUGAAGGGUUCUGGCUUCCACCUGGACCUGCUGGUGAUCGUAGUGCUGGGCGGCACCUCUGCCCUGUUCGGCCUGCCCUGGAUGGCCGCCGCCACUGUGCGCUCUGUAACGCACGCCAACGCCCUCACCGUAAUGAGUAAGGCGGUCGCCCCCGGCGACAAGCCCCGCAUCCAGGAGGUCAAGGAGCAGCGGGUUACAGGGUUGCUGGUGGCCAUCUUAGUAGGCCUUUCCAUAGUAAUCGGAGACCUGCUGCGUCAGAUCCCCAUCGCUGUGCUGUUUGGCAUCUUCCUCUACAUGGGCGUGAUGUCACUCAAUGGAAUCCAGUUCACCGAGCGCCUAAUGUUACUGCUGAUGCCCCCCAAGUACCACCCCGACCACACCUACGUCCGCAAGGUGAAAACGCUGCGGAUGCACCUGUACACGCUGAUCCAGCUGGUGUGUCUGGCGGCGCUGUGGGCCGUCAUGUCAACCGUGGCCUCUCUGGCUUUCCCUUUCGUCCUCAUCCUCACCGUCCCCGUCAAGAUGUUCCUGUUGUCGCGCAUCUUCACCGCCCGCGAGAUGCAGUGUCUGGAUGCUGAUGACGCAGAGCCCAUCUUUGACGAGAGAGAGGUCCAUGAUGAAUACUCAGAGAUGCACAUGCCUGUGUGACCCACACCAUCAUAUACCUACCAACCACUGUAUUCUUCCCUCAGUGUCCACACCAUUCUGCCAAUCAAUCGACCAGCCAAUGAAAUGCCUGCCCAAAGGAUCCACCAGCAAAGACCCUAUAUAUAUAUAUAAUUGACAGACCCUCUGACCAUCAUUGAGCACUGUUGGUACUGGUUUCCAUUGCUUUAACCACACCUGACCAAAGGGUAAAGAUGUCGCAUGCAGGCUUUGGUCUUCUGAGACCCAGCUCUGUCAUGGAGGGGUUUAAGACCACUCAUAACCCCUGUCAAUCUCAUUCACUGGGACAGAGUUCAAUUGGGUGUCAUGAGUAGAUUCAACGUUCUCAUGACAACAUACAGGCGUUCUCAUGAUGACACACAGCUGGAAAUGGGGACACAUAAGGGGGAACUUCCUGUCCUCUGAAGGGGUCAGGGGUUAGGGGUCAUAACCCUUCAGAGAGCACUUUGUGGCAUUAGGUAUGAAUAUAGACUGAAAGGUCCAAUCGGUUCAGCAUAUUUAUUUUGUUCAUCCAUGUUUUAAAAUAUUUCAACAUAUUUGCCUUUUUGGGGGGGGGGGGUCAAAUUCAGUUGUGUUUUUAUAGAUGUGUAUUUUCAAGGUUUAUUCCAGUGACCGUAUAUGGUAGGUAGUUUAGUACACAAUUAUUCAUUUUUCAACCCUGAAAGGUUGUGCUGAUUCACAUUGAAUGCGUGGAGGAUUAUAUAUAGGAUACAUUCCUUGAAUCAAUAUAUUUAACAUAUUGUGCUUUUACUUUUUAUGUUUAGCUCUUUUAGCUCACUAAGCGCCUUAUGAAGGACAUGAUGGCUGUACAGAGAAACCUAAUUAUGUUACUUUUGUUUUUAACAGCUGUUCCUUCAAGAGCACCUCUAAGCCCUCUGCACUUUUUAAGGCACCAAAUCUGGACAUUUCAACAACAAAAAAUGUUUCUGGGAUAUUAUUGAAUGUUUUAUAUUUUACUUAGUGUCUAUCAAACACUAUGCUGUGUAUUUUUGUAAUUUUUUUAAAGAUGCCUUAGAUUUUUCUCUCCCGACAAUUCCAUUAGCUAAAAAGGAAGGAGUGUGAUUUUGUUUCCAAACGAUUGCAAAGGGGACACAAACUGCUCCAACCUGAUAUUAAGGUAGUGGUAGUCCGGGGGUUUUACCAAUAGUCAUUACAACACUGCUCAGCAAUCACAGCAGUCUUGUGAAGUCGUGAUGAAAUGUGCGUAUCUAUGUUAUUGUGUAGUUUAUUUGCUUUCAUCCAGUCAUCAUCCCCCUCUAGUGUUUAUGCUGCCAUUGUGGUGGCUAAAGUUUACCAGCAGAGGGAGACGAAAUGUAACCAAAGUACACAUUGUAGUACCGAAUGAUUUUAAAGUACUGUACUGAAUGUGAAAUAACUCUCCCCAACCGUUUCUUUUUCGUUAGCAUUUCUCCAUUAAAAACCGAAAUGGGAUGACAUCUC